UCCAUCAGACACUCAGACACACACACAUGGACAUAGAGUCCAGAGUGAUAAAAAAAACGAAGUUACCUUUUAAUAAAAUUGAACCGUUGAAGAGUAGAGCGACUGAAUAAACUUUUCAGGAAUCAACAAAGAAACCAACCAGAGAGCGUUAACUUCUAAUCAUGAGAUGAAGAUGUUUGGAGGUUUUAAAGAGAAACACGUUGGGAAGAUAGAGACAAAGUGGGACCAGACCUUUAGUUUCCUACCAGUGCUGCUGGAGGAGGAGGAGGGGGAGGAGGAGGAGGGGGGGGAGGAGGAGGAGGGGGAGGGGGAGAAAGAGGAGGAGGGGGAGGAAGAGGAGGAGGAGGAGGAGGAGGGGGAGGAAGGGGAGGAGGAGGAGGAAGAGGACUGGGUUUGGGGUUGAGGCUGGAAGGGGAACAGCUCCGGCAACGAUCAUUAAUUUUAGGAAAAAGAUGGU